AUGUGCAAAGCCAAAUCGAUCCGCAAUUUAGACGCUAGGCAGACACAAGAUGGCUGCGCGCUUCGUGCGUGCGAGUGUGUGCAGUUGCGUUCGCCUUCAAGCGACCCUCGCAGGUUCACGGCGAGUUCCCGUGGCCUGUCGACGUCCCGGGCGCUCUCGGUGCGAGGCACGAAGCUGAGCGUCGAGCGCGACGACGAACGUUGCGCCGUCGACGACGACUUCUACGGCAUCUCGGGCGACCACGGCGUAGUCAGCGUCGACAACCCGCUAGGGGACCCUCACGAGAGAAUUCGCCGUUUCUCACACCUCACGCGACGCCGCGAUGCGAAGGUUUCGGACGAAACCGUCGUGGCUGCCGACUUCGGCACGAUCCGCUACGACCGCGACAACCGGGCCCGGUACCACGGGCAGUACGAAGACGACACGCUAUUGGACGAGCUCGUAUUGGAUACCUACAGCGGGGAGUCAUCUAAGCCCGGUCGUGAGGCCCCGGAUAAGGGUGCGAACAAAUCGGAGCUGCGAGACGCGCGUGAAACAAUCAUUUCGGCGAGAAAAUGGAGCCAGAAAAAAGAAGCGGUCGCAUUGGCAGUUGCAGUCGUCCAAGAAACGACCGUCUGCAUCGGCAAUAGAAAAAUGCAGUUCAGGUCCGAGGAAACAGGCUCCAGUACGGACUCACUGGCACGUAGCAGUGAACAGAGCAGUACGCUUGGUAGCGACCACCUGGAAAGCGCUGUGAGGGUGUUUUCGCCAGCCAAAGCGACUGCAGACAGAAGCAAAAGAACUGCAGUGCAUGCCAAGGAGAUAGGCGGCAAGGAAUUGAGCAAAAGUGAAGCCUCGUCUUCGCUUAAAAGCUCUUCGAAAAGUUUUGUGACAACUGCAAGAACAGCUGAGGAGGAGGACUGCGAAAGUUCAGUGUCCAGAACCAGAACGAGAGCACCAAAAAAGCCGAGGUCAAAUGAUAUGCUCGAAAGUGAUAACGUAGGAAAGGCGGCGCGCUCCUUCCUAGAAGAGCCAACAACAGCGACCGCUGAGUUUGAGCUGAGCCAGUCAUCAUCUUCCACCAUCCAAGAUAGUUCCAAUGCUUCCCAGCGCAGAUCCAAAACCAGAGCCAGGAAAGCGAGCGGCGAAGUGAUUGUCGACAACUCUUCAAAUGUCCCAGACACAGGCAAUCCUACAGCUUUCGAGUAUGUCCACAAGCCGCAGCAGUUCAGCCUCAAGCUCGACAGCAAGGGCUUCUUCAUUCUGAAAUCAGAGGUUAAGCCUAACCUAGCCUUUAUGCUACGCUCUGAGGUGGUAGAUGUGUUGAGGCAGCGUGUCCUGCACGAUGGCAACGACGUACUUAUUCUAGACAAGCCAUACGGCAUGAUCUGCCAUGGAUCCGCGAAGGGUGUCCCCGACUCUCAUGUGUUAGUACGUCUGUUACCGGACCUCUCUGCUGCCCUGUAUCCAAGGGAAGACAUAAAGCUGUACACUGUGCACCGUCUGGACCGCGACGUGACGGGCGCCAUCGUGCUGGCAAAGACGCAGCGAAUGGCAGACAUGCUGCAGACACUGUUUGAGGAGCACAACAUCUCUAAGACUUACCACGCGAUAACAUUCGGGGUGCCCGACAAUGACUGUGCAACGAUCGACAUGCCUCUCGCGGAAGGAUCUGUUGGCUUGGCCAAGCGUAUGGUCAUCUGCCCGAAACUGGAGCCUGAGUUCGAGCGGCUCGUGCCGAAGUUCUCCAAGACAUACGAAGCGAUCACGCAUUACCGCGUGCUAAGCUCCCAUGGCAGGGCAGCCUACCUGGAAGUGAAGCCGGUGACUGGGGUCAAACACCAGAUCAGAGUGCACCUGGGGUUUGGGCUGCGCUGUCCCAUUCUGGGCGACCACAAGUACUCGCACCUGAGGGAGCUGGCUCCGCAGAGGCUCUCCGGAGACCUGUUGGCCAGGCUGAACGUGAGGCAGACCAAAGUGAGGCACAUCCCCAUGCACCUCCACGCCAGCUCGGUCAUGAUCCCCGAGAUCUUGGAUGGCAGGAACUUACUGGUCAGGGCACCACUUCCGUACCACUUCUUGCAGAACUUGAAACGACUCAAGCUUCACAGGCACUGACCUGCUGGAAGGAACCCCAUCUUGUACAUACAUUUAAAUCAGUGCUAUAGGAGCGUGUCAGUAAUAAAUGACUGUAUGGUUAUCCCAACUG